AUGCAAUGGACCAGUUCUAGAUAUUGGGCGUGUCUUGAUAAAUUGAUGUUCCUGCAGCUUUUGAAGAACCACAUUCUUUUUUGGUGCCAGUACAGGAAGUCUCACAUCAACAUAAUUGUCGACCCCAGAAGUUACAAGAUGCCUUCGCGAGAAACUCUGCCAGCAGAGCCGAAAGUGAAUGGCGUUCAUUCGCCUAACAAGGCCGCCCUGCAGGCAAUAUUUGCAGCAAAGGCCAGAACGGUAACGGAACUGAUAUCAAUCCGCGCCAAAGCUCUUCCAGAUGAACCUAUUCUGGGGUAUCCGUCACACGAUCUCGAGUACACGGAAUACACCUUUUCCGACCUGGAUGCCUUUCCUUCCCGCCUGGCGCGGGUUUAUUCACAAUAUCUUCCAGUACGGACAUCAUCAAAGCAGGAUGCAAGAGUGGUUGCUCUGCUCGGCCCGUCGAACCUCGACUAUGUCAUUACUGCCCUUGCGCUGUCCAGGCUAGGCUUCACCGUGCUUUACUUGUCCACCAGAAUCUCAGAGCCCGCAUAUUUGUCCUUACUGGAUGCCACGGGAUGUCGACAUAUCGUGGUUCAUCCGACCUUUCAGAAGACUGUCUCGGCACUGAAGGCCGUCAAACCAGACCUGGAGAUUAUUCCCAUUCGCGGCGAGAGCGAUUAUAAGUAUGAGCCGUCUUCAAAGUUGACCAACGGCGUGCAAGAAGAGCAGGCGGAGCAGGAACAAGACCUCGAUCUGGAUGAAGAGACGAAGAAGGUAUGCUGGAUCAUCCAUUCCUCGGGGUCCACGGGUCCGCCGAAGCCGAUAUAUCAGACCCAUUAUUCCGCAUUGCGAAACUACGAACAGAACAUGAACAUGAAGGGGUUCAUCACUCUGCCGCUCUUCCACGCCCAUGGUCUGAGCAGUGUCUUCAGAGCCAUCACAUCCAUCAAGAAGAUCUACAUGUACAACGCCAGCUUGCCUCUGACCCGACAAAAUCUGCUGAAAAUUCUCCAUCAGCACCAGUUCGAGAUUUUCUACGGUGUCCCGUACGCGCUCAAGCUGCUGAGCGAGACUCAAGAAGGUAUCGAUGCUCUGGCGGCCAUGAAGGUUGUCAUGUUCGGAGGCUCUGCAUGUCCCGACGCCCUCGGGGAUCUUUUGACUGAAGGCGGCGUCAACCUCGUCAGCCAUUACGGUACAACGGAAACGGGGCAGCUCAUGACCUCAUUUCGGCCGCCGGGCGACAAGGCAUGGAACUAUGUCCGGGUGCAUGAGCAGUUGAGGCCCUAUGUGCGAUUUGAGGAAAGGGGCGGCAAUCUGUAUGAGCUCGUUGUGUUGCAAGGCUGGCCUUCGAAGGUCGCCACGAACCGGGAAGACGGGUCAUAUGCGACCAAGGACCUGUUCGAGCCGCACCCGUCAAUCCCGGGUGCGUGGAAAUAUUGUGGUCGGUUAGACGAUACGAUUGUCCUAAUGAACGGCGAAAAGGCCAUUCCGAUCGCCAUGGAACAAGCUCUUCGUCACAACAAGCUGGUUCAAGAAGCCGUCAUGUUCGGUGCCGGUAGGGACCAGCUGGGCAUGAUUAUCAUCCCUUCUGAAUCGGCUGCGGACACGUCGCCUGAGGACUUGCUCGAUGCCCUGUGGCCGACGAUCGAGGCCGAGAAUAAGGCUAUGCCUGCCUAUGGCCAGCUGGCCCGAGAGAUGAUUAAGAUCUUGCCUGCAGGAACACCUUACCCCUCGACAGAUAAAGGCACCAUGAUUCGCCAGGCCUUCUAUCGAGCAUUCCAAUCCGAGAUUGACGAGGUGUACGCACAAGCAGAAUCAAGGGCGGCUGGUACCCUGGUGCUCUCGGAGCCUGAGCUUCGAGACUACCUCCGGAAAAAGAUACUCGAACUCGACAACAGCCUCCAGGAGAGCGAUCUUGCGGAUGACACCGACUUGUUUUCGUUGGGCAUUGACUCCCUGCAAUCGACCAGGCUACGCGCCAGCAUUCUGAAGGAUAUCCAGUUGAAUGGGAACACGUUGCCACCCAAUGUUGUUUUUGAGUAUCCCACCAUUGCCAAACUCGCAGCCGCCAUCCUGAGCAUCCGCGACAGCAAAACUGUCGAGGCGCGAGACGUGAUCAAGGAGAUGGAAGAUCUGAUCACCAAAUACAGCGACUUUCCCCAACAUGUUUCUUGUCCCAAGACGUCGACCGAGUCCUGUGUCGUUGUCACUGGUGCCACGGGUUCGCUGGGUGCACAUCUCGUGGCACAGCUGGUAGUCCGAGACGACAUUUCCGAAGUAUGCUGUCUCGUGCGAGCCAACUCGGAAGAGUCCGCGCGGGAGAGAGUAGUCAAGUCGAUGAAGGACAGAAGAGUCUACGAGACACUGUCGGCUGAAUUACGGGGCAAAAUCACCUGUUACCCAUCGGACUUCUCCAAACCCGACCUGGGCCUUGGUCAAGCCUUGUACGACAGCCUGAGUGGCAAGAUCACCAACCUCAUUCACUGUGCUUGGUCGGUCAACUUCAACAAGAACCUCAGCAGUUUCGAGGCCGACUGUAUCGCCGGGGCACGGCACUUGAUGCUUCUCUGUCUGUCUGCUCAACAGCCCACCCCUGCACCCUUCAACUUCUGCUCUUCGGUAAGCACCGUGGUCAAUACACCCGGGGGCGUCGUCCCCGAGGCACUCCCCGAAAGUCUUUCGUGCGCACAAGGAAUGGGCUACGCCCAGUCCAAGCUGGUGACAGAAAACCUGGUCUGCCAGGCCGCCCAGAAGACAGGAAUGCAGGCCCGGGUGCUCCGCAUCGGCCAGAUCGUGGCCGACACCAAAUACGGUAUCUGGAACGACACCGAAGCCAUCCCUCUGAUGCUGCAGUCGGCCACGACGAUUGGAGCAUUGCCUGCUCUAGACGAGUCGCCGCGCUGGUUGCCGGUCGAUGUCGUUGCCACCGCAGUCAUGGACCUCUCUCUUUCUGAUGGUUCUGUCAAGCCGGAGCAACGAGUCUUCAAUGUCGUCAACCCCAAGACUUUCCACUGGACUCGUGACCUGCUCCCUGCUCUACGUGCCGCAGGAUUGUCGUUCGAAGAGGUCGACCAAAGGGAAUGGAUCCGUCGACUGCGCGCAUCGAACCCGGACCCCGUCGCCAAUCCGACCAUCAAGCUCGUCGAGUUCUUCGCAAGUAAAUACGAUAACGAUGUCAUCAAGCGCAAGAGCCUCGAUUAUGUUACGAGGGAAACGGUCAAGUUGGCGCCCGUUCUGGCCACUGUUCCAGCACUGUCGACGGAGCUGGUCAAGAAAUUCGUCCAUCAUUUCUUGGAGACUAGUUGGACUCGACAGAAGAAGUAA